CAUAUUGCUCGACGUUUUUUUUAGCUUCAGCACUCAUAUCGUGGGCCACUUCCGUCUCAGUCGUCAAUAACAAACGUCGACGUUUUCGAUUGCGUUUUCUGCAUUUGUAACUCGAACCACGAAACAUUAUUGUUUUUGUGAACAAUGGAACCACAUCGGAAUGACUCCAAAUUAUCAACGUGUGCAGGGCGAAUUUAGUUCGAAAUCGAAAACUGACAUUUGGAUAUCCUUCCUCACGAUGUAUACGUUACUAUCUGGAUUAUAUAAAUACAUGUUUCAAAAGGACGAAUACUGCAUUUUAAUCCUUGGAUUGGAUAAUGCUGGUAAAACGACCUUUUUGGAACAAACCAAAACAAAGUUCAGCAAGAACUAUAAGGGAAUUAAUUUGUCCAAGAUCACAAGUACAGUUGGACUGAACAUUGGAACUAUAGAUGUGGGCAAGGCUCGUUUAAUGUUUUGGGAUCUGGGAGGUCAAGAGGAGCUUCAGUCUCUUUGGGAUAAAUACUAUGCAGAGUCCCAUGGAGUUAUCUAUGUGAUAGAUUCAACUGAUGAAGAACGACUUUCGGAAUCAAAGGAAGCUUUUGCUCUUCAAGACUUAAUUCCAUCCAGCCGCAGACCGUUCAACAGCACCGAUCUCUUCGCUGAACAAAGCGGGGCUGUGAAAAAUGCUGCCCAUUACAGGCGCAAGACACAAGCGCCCCGGGACUGUCCAGCAACAACAGUGAAAUGACGCCGGCAUUCCUCCCAGUCAAAAACAGUGCUGGUAUACCCAUGCUGCCGGAAGGCGCAACCACCGAGCACAGAGUCUCCUCCUCGAUGAAUGUCGUGGCCAAAAAAUGCUGAAAAAAGUCCACAUCAGGUCCACUCGACGUAACAACAAACACAAAGUGACAAAACAAACACAAAAACAACCAAAAAAAGCAAGGCUCAUGAGAGCACUUGCUGACGGCUGCCGACUUGAGCGCCAUCUUGACUUUAAAGUUUACAUCCAGCCCAACACCCAAAUGAAUGGAAAUGUUCUAUUACGCUUACAUUUGCCAGUCAGACAAGCACAGGGCUCAGCAUUGGCAGGUGUUGGGUUCCCAUUCCAUCAAAUCUAUUAUUUUAUUGGGCCCAAGUGUAAAAUAUGAAAUAUUUUGACAUAUAAUGUUAGAAAUAUUGAAGCAUGGGUUUCCUCUAAUAUAUAUUUGAUUUGUAGUGUUUGUUUUGAUGGAAAUGUUCCGCAGAAUUCUGCAGCUUUAGCUGAAUAGUGUGACGAUAAAGGUUCAGCUGUUAAUAUUUGAUUUGUGGUUACCACAGCAUAUCUUGUUUUGUUGUUGUUGUUGUUGUUAAGUCACCCGAGGCGCCUCAGGAUUAUCCUGAGUAGCGCUAGACUUUUGUUUGGGAGGCUUCUGAGUUCGCCGAAGUCAUUCCCCAGCUGACAAAUACAUGUUACAAUCACAUUAUUGCACAAUAAAUGUGAGUUGUGCAUAAUGUAAAAAACAAGGAACAAACAAUUUUGAUUCUUGAAGACGCAGUUAAAAUUUAAAUGAUGGUGGUCUUAAAUUUUAACUGCGUCUUCAUUGUUUUUUGCCCUCUUUAAUCCAUGUUCUCUCUCAGAAGUGGUUUUUACCUGACAUUUUGUAAAGAACUGAUUCAAGUACGUUUGCUAUUGAAGGCUUUUCACAAUCCUUUGAAAAUGUCCAAGGCAAAAAACAUCAGCAUAGUGAGCGAUCGUCCAACUUGUGAACACUUUUUUCCUGGGUGAUUCACAUUUACAUAUUACAAUCGGAACACCUCCUGGGCGAAAGAUGAGGACACUGCCUAGACACUGAUCUAUCUACACACACAGACACAUACGGAAGAGGUCCAUCUUAGCCAAUGAUAUUUUGGUAAUCGCCAGUGGCAGAGCAGCUAUAUAAGUAUGUAUCAGUAAACUCUGAGCUGCGAGUACCAUCCCAUACAUACUGUACUUUGACUUUUGGAAUCUUGAAAUUUCUUUCGUAACAAGAGGCAAUAUUUUCCUGUUGAGACGUUUCAAAACUUGAAAUUUUUGUAUGAAGAGACGUUCAUAAGUAGAAGUACCACUGUACCACUAAACAGUUCUCACAAUCUAGCGACAAAAUAUCCUUUUCUCAUUGGAAUCAAUCACAAAGAGAGCAUUAUAUGGUGAAGCCCGAGUAGGCAGCCAUCGGCAAGUGCUCUUCAAGAGCCGUACUUUUUUGUUGUUUUUGUCUUUUUGUUUUGUCACAUGUUGUUUGUUGUUUCAUCGUGUGGACCUGUGGCCACGACAUUCGUCAAAGGAAAAGUAUCUGUGCUUGGUGGUUGCGCCUUCUCGGCAGCACGCCUGUACCAGCACAGAUUUUGAUUGGGAGGAAUGUCGGCACCAUUGACUGUCGGUGCAGGACAAACCUGGGACGCUUGUGUUUUUUGUGCCUGUAAUGGGCAGCAUUUUUCACAACCCCAUUUUGUUCAGUGGAGAUGUCGGACAGUAUAUGGACAGGAGAAGUGAACCAAUGUCUUUUUUCGUCAAUGGAUGCUACAGCUUCUUGGUGACUUUGAAACUUGGCUUGUAGCCGACGUGUGCACAUUUUGAGCAUGGCGUCUCUGAUCCACUGGUUAACGGACACUUUGAUUCUCCCCUCUUUCAUCUCAAACUGCUUCAAACAAAGCGUGUGAUGGAAAAGUGGUUAGGACUGCACGACUGUCCAUGUUUUAUGUUAUGUGUUGUGUUUAUUAUUUUACUUUGUUAACUGUUUUGUUAAGCGCUUUGUUACAGCUGUCGCUGUUGUGAAAGCGCUAUAUAAAUCAGCUUGUAUUGUAAGUCAGUUUAAAAGGGUAAGAAAAAAGACAUGGACAUGGGAGUGUCACCUACACAAAUUCAUCAUUGAUCUUUGAGGUUUUGAACAGAUUCUUUUUUUAACAGUUCUUUCUUCUUUCAUAAUUUCUCGGGUAAUGCUGAAUGUUUUGCAAAGUAAAGCUUGAGAAUUGCAAAAACAGAAUACAUACAACCCCCCCACCCAAAAAAACAAUGCCAUCCACAUCCAAUCUUUGAACACGUUAUGCCUAAACUGCCAUAUUUUAAAUUUACAUUGAUAGAUCUGGAAUGUUUUGAUCAUGUGUGGAUCUAUAUUUAGAAAUCCUGCCAUUGUAUGCACAAAUGUGACAUGAUUUGAGAUCUUAAAUGUUUUGGUAACUCAUUCCAACGUCAACUUGUAUGUUUCAGGACAUGAUUGUUAGUUCAUAGCUUUUACUCUAGUCAUUGAAUUUCAUGAUGAGGGAAGGCACAACCCAACCCAAUGAUAGCAAAUUUGUAAUUGAAUUUGCAUAAUUUCUUCACACAAGAUCAUCAUUUCUCCCACUUCAGCAGCAGUAAUGUUCUUUCUUAUAUUUUGAGAGAAACAUGCAGCUUUUGAUUAUAAUUGCUACAAAGCAAUUUAAUAUGAUCAGGAUAUUGUGGCAAGUAUCAGUGCACCUGAAGCAGUUCUCGAACAAAUAAUUAAAAACCACAGACAUGUAACACUCACAAGUCAUCCAAAUAAAGGCCUUCACUGUACACUUACACGUUUUACCUACUCCCCAAAAAAUUAACUAUUACACUUUUCAACUUUCUCUACUUCCCUUUUUAAGUUGACUUAAAUACAUCAUUAUUUUCACUUUGCUCUCCUGCUGUAAGUAUCCAAAACUCUGUGUCUUCAUACCAAACCUUAUCCAUUAUUCUAUUUGUCAUUUUUACACAUAGUUCUUGACGUGUCCGUUGAAAUAAUGAAGCUAUAUCGGUGGUACGAAGUUUCUUUUUAGUUGCUUUAGGUGCCGUACAAAACGUCUCUGUAGAGGGGGGGAGCUGUCGAUUUGCUUUUGGCCGUCCUUGGAUACAGGUGAAAAGAGAUAAAAGAUCUCUCUAUAAGACACGUUUGUCAAAAGCAUUGUGCAGUUGGAAGGAUCGAUCAGCGGAUGGUAAGGUCAUAUGGAGGAAGUAUAAGGAGACCAAAGCCGAUACUGUUGGAAGACAGAGUUCACUGGUGGGUCAUCAGCUGAAUUUAGCAAUAGUCAGCCUUGUAUCAGCCGGCAUUGGGAGCAAGUGUGGUGCAGCAUGUUCAGGUUCAUGACAGUCUUUCAGUGAGGCCAGUGGUGAUCCCUAUUGUUGGAGAUUUGGGUACCCAUGGAGCAGAUGGGUUUUGUCCAUGUGGGGGUGGCGUAGCUUGUCAUUGUUGUGGGUUUUUGUGGAGGAGGAGUCAGAGCUUGCUGAUCAUAGCCUGCGGUGCGGGCAUUUCCGUAUCCAAUGAGUCAUAUCACCACAAAUGAAACAGCCAGCUUGGCUCCCGUGACUUCCUCGUCCACGCCCACCUUCCCGUCUCUGACCUCCCCCCAGCCAUGU